AUGGAUGGGACGAGCGGCAAGGAGGGUAAGGGGAAAGAGGGAGCUUGUAGAUUAAGGAUCAUGUCGUGGAACAUAGGCACGCUGACGGGUAAGUCUAUUGAGUUGGUAAAGAUUCUCCAGAAGGGGAAGGUUAAUAUAGUUUGUGUCGAGGAAACUAGGUGGGCAAGGUCGAAGGCGAGGAAUGCAGAUGGGUAUAAGUUGUGGUACUCUGGAGUCGUGAGGGGCAGGAAUGGAAUGGGUAUCUUGGUGGAUAGGGAUCUUAGAGAAUCAGUGGUUGAGAUUAGGCAAGUUAAUGAUAUGCUAAUGUUUAUUAAGUUGGUGAUUGGUGAGUGCACCCUUAAUGUAGUAAGUGCUUACGCACCGCAAGCGGGCUUAGAUGAGGAGGUUAAUAGGCAUUUUUUGGGAGGUUAUGGAGAGGUGCAUGGUGGCUUUGGCCUUAGGGAUAUGAACAGAGGAGGUACUUCACUGUUAGACUUCGCUAAGGCUUUCGAGCUAGUGAUUGUGAACACGACUUUUCAGAAGAGGGAGGAGCAUCUGAAUGACGUAGUCCAAUGUAAAGUGGAGGCGAAGAAGGUAGCGUAUGCGAAGUUGGUUGGGAGCACAAGCAUGAAGGAGAGGAGAGCGAAUAGAGAUAGGUGCAAGGUAGCAAGGAAGGAGGUAAAGUUAGCGGUCACAGAGGCUAAGAAUGCAGUGUUUGAUCGUCUAUACGAGGAAUUGGGGGAGAAAGGCAAGGACAUGAAGUUGUUUUGGCUGGCUAAAGCGAGGGAGAGAAAGGCCCGGGAUCUGGACCAAGUAAGGUGCAUCAAAGACGAGGAUGGUAGAGUAUGA